AAGGGGGCUUCUGUGGAAAUAGGAGGAGCGUUCACGCUUAUUUCGUGCACCAAGAAGUCUCGCAAGUCUCCACCCUAAACCGCAUGGAGCACCCAGAACAAAGAGUCGGGGGGCUGGGGACGAAAGCUGGAAGCUGCACCCGGUGAUAACGCCUCCUUACCGCCUGAGCCACGUCAACCCCCUCCUCGGUAACCGGAGAACCGACCCUGAUUGACAGGCCGGAGCGCGUAGUCUUAUUUUAGAAGCCGACAACCGUGAGUUCACACCCCGCGAGUGAAGCAGCAGCAGCCGCCGCGGUGCGAGGAGUCUCCCCGAGCCGCCGAUCGUGUUUUAACAUGUCUGCCACGCGGAUGCAGUGGCUGUCGCCCCGAAACCUGCGGCUUUUGAACCCGGGGCGAAACGAGUCGCUCCGGCGCGGCGGCUCCGGGUGCCGCUCGCUCACCCUUCCUCUGUCCCCCGGCAGAGCGCUGUCCGGCCCGAGUGCGACGCGGCGCGGACUCCCCAAGGAGAAGAUGACCGAGAACAGAGCGCCGCCGCGGGCCAAGGUGUUGACCAUCGACACCAUGAACCCCACCGUGAGGAAGGUGGAGUACGCCGUGCGGGGGCCCAUCGUGCAGCGGGCCCUGGAGCUGGAGAGGGAGCUGUCUGAGGGAAUGAAGAAGCCCUUUGUGGAGGUCAUCAAGGCCAACAUCGGCGACGCUCACGCCAUGGGCCAGCAGCCAAUCACGUUCUUCCGACAGGUCUUGGCGCUGUGCUCCUACCCUGAACUUCUAAACGACAGCACAUUCCCAGAGGAUGCUAAAAGUAGAGCCCGCCGCAUUCUCCAGUCCUGCGGAGGGAACAGCAUGGGUUCCUACAGUGCCAGUCAGGGCAUCGACGCCGUGCGUCAGGACGUGGCGCGCUACAUUGAGCGAAGAGACGGCGGCGUGCCGUGCGACCCGGACAACGUUUACCUCACCACGGGGGCCAGCGACGGCAUCGUGACCAUGCUGAAGCUGCUGGUGUGCGGCGAGGGCGCGACCCGUACCGGAGUCAUGAUCUCCAUUCCUCAGUAUCCCCUGUACUCGGCCGCGCUCGCCGAACUGGCCGCCGUGCAGGUCAACUACUACCUCAACGAGGAGAAGUGCUGGAGCAUGGACCUCGGCGAGCUGCAGCGCUCCCUGGAGGAGGCCCGGCGCCACUGCAACCCGCGGGCCCUGUGCGUCAUCAACCCCGGAAACCCCACCGGUCAGGUUCAGAGCAGACAGUGCAUCGAGGACGUGAUCCGAUUCGCGGCGAAGGAGCGUCUCUUCCUCAUGGCUGAUGAGGUGUACCAGGACAACGUGUACGCCGACGGCUGCCAGUUCCACUCUUUCAAGAAGGUUCUGUUCGACAUGGGGCCGGAGUACUCGGACGCAGUGGAGCUGGCGUCCUUCCACUCCACCUCCAAAUGCUACAUGGGAGAGUGUGGCUUCCGCGGAGGCUACAUGGAGAUCAUCAACAUGGACGAGGAGGUGAAGGCCCAGCUGACGAAGCUGGUGUCGGUCCGUCUGUGCCCCCCUGUACCCGGACAGGCUCUCAUGGACCUGGUGGUCAACCCCCCGCAGCCCGGGGAACCCUCGCACGACAAGUUCAUCAAGGAGCGCACGGCCACGCUAAGCGCCUUAGCCGAGAAGGCCGAGCUCACGGAGCAGGUUCUCAACACUGUUCCCGGCAUCAGCUGCAACCCCGUGCAGGGCGCCAUGUACUCCUUCCCUCGCAUAACCAUCCCGGAAAAGGCCGUCAAAGAGGCCACGGACAAAGGUCAGCAGCCGGACAUGUUUUACUGCAUGAAGCUGCUGGAGGAGACGGGGAUCUGCCUGGUACCCGGGAGUGGCUUUGGUCAGAGGGAGGGCACCCACCACUUCAGAAUGACCAUCUUGCCACCGAAAGACAAGCUGACGAUCCUGCUGAACAAAGUCAAGGAGUUCCACCAGAGGUUCACACAGCAGUAUUCUUAAAUCGGCCUUUUCAUUGACGGAGGGCGGAACCCACCAACCACAGCCAAGAGAGAUCUCAGCCAAUCAGAAUGUGUCUCUAAUAAGUGCCUUUGUCCUUACCGGUGAUCUCUGUGACGACGCACUUCAGCCUUUAUCUUGUUAGACAUUCACACAACUGGAUAUUAAAGUGUGUGUGUGUGUGUGUGUGUGUGUGUGUGUGUGUGUGUGUGUGUGUGUGUGUGUGUGUGUGUGUGUGUGUGUGUGUGUGUGUGUGUGUGUGUGUGUGUGUGUGUGUGUGUGUGUGUGUGUGUGUGUGUGUGUGUGUGUGUGUGUGUGUGUGUGUGUGUGUGUGUGUGUGUGUGUGUGUGUGUGUGUGUGUGUGUGUGUGUGUGUGUGUGUGUGUGUGUGUGUGUGUGUGAGUGAGAGAGAGAGAGAAAGAUGUACUGUCGAUCUGCGUAUUUGUGAAUAUGAGAAAUUGAUUUUUCUUCACGAGUACAAAGCUAAAAUGGAGAAAAAGGUAGAAUUGAAGGGAAAGGUGAUGCUGCUUAAAACCUUUUUUUAGUACACGUACAACUGGUGAAAAUAUGACAUUCCCGAAGGCAGUACUCGACGGGGAGAAUAUCCUCUUUUGCAUGAUGAUGAUGAUGAUGAUGAUGAUGAAGUGAUUUUGCAGAAUCAAAAAUAAAUGUGACGGUCGAU